UUUCUGGACGUCUGGCCUUUAUUUUGAAAUAUACCCCAUCCACUUGCUGUUAGUCGAAACAAUAAUAUAGCUUCACAUUAUUAGGACAUUAACCAUUGGAAUGGAGACUCGCUUCACGAGAGGCAAGUCCGCGAUUCUCGAGCGGCCGCUCACGCGUCCCAAGACGGAGGUCGGUGUGGGCGCGUUCGCCCUCCUCUUCUCCGAGAUGGUGCAGUACUGCCAGAGCCGCGUGUACUCCGUGUCCGAGCUGCAGGGCCGCUUGGCCGACAUGGGCCACGGCGUCGGCGCUAGCCUCCUGGACGUUCUCGUCAUGAGGGAGAAGAACGGCAAACGAGAAACCAAAGUGCUGAACAUUCUCCUGUUUGUCAAGGUAAAUGUAUGGAAAGCUUUGUUUGGCAAGGAAGCAGAUAAACUGGAGCAAGCCAACGAUGAUGAUAAGACCUACUACAUCAUAGAGAAGGAGCCCCUGAUUAAUGCAUACAUAUCUGUACCUAAGGAGAACAGCACUCUGAACUGUGCAGCCUUUACUGGAGGCAUCGUGGAGGCCAUUUUAACUCAUAGUGGCUUCCCAGCCAAAGUCACUGUGCACUGGCAUAAAGGAACUACACUCAUGAUCAAGUUUGAUGAAGCAGUUAUUGCACGCGAUAAGGCUCUGGAUGGUAGAUAAGUCCACUCAGGAGAUUGUCCUUCUCCCUAACUCACUACAAAAAAUUCCAGUAAACUUUCUGUUUGAGAGGAACAACUCCAGCCAUGUCUGGGAGGAGGUGAAGGAAUUAUAUUGUUUAUAGGGUAUUGAAUUAUGCGGUUUAUAGGGUAGGGUGGGAUUGGGGGGGGAUGGAGCAUUUCAAUCAGUUCCUUUAUGUAGUAAAUGUUUUAAAGAUUGUUCACUUAACAAAAAUGUCACUUGACAACACAAGGGACAUCAUUGAAUAAAUGGUUGCAAAUCUGCAGCACUUGUUGGCAAAGGUUCCGUUUAUUUAGAGUAGAAGUGGACAGUAUCAAAAAUUUAUUAAUGAUAACUGCUUAAAGAGUCAGAUAUUUUCCAAUUUAAAAAAUGUUAAACUUU